ACAACAAUUGUCUGAUUACACCAAACCCAAGAUUUACACAACUCUAGAGACCAUCUCACAUGUCGGAGCUAUAUUUCUUGCGGCAUGCUGAAAGAAUAGACCAUGCCCAGUCAAACUCUAUCGCAUUGACCCCAACUUACGAGGAAUACGACCCGUCGCUUUCUGCCAACGCGAUACCUCAAAUUGAACAGGUGGUCAAUGAUAUAACCUCCACAUCUACUGCAUUUCCAACCACACCCACCAUUCGAAACAAGACUAUAUACAUCCACUUCAGUCCAUACUUGCGAUGUUGUCAAACUGCUGAUCUACUUGUGACUCAUCUCAAGCACAGGUUAAGUCAUGAUGACAGGUAUGCCAAAUACAAUGUCAAGUUUCAACUAUUGGGUGAUUUUGCCUUGAGUGAGUGGAUCCAUGAGAAAAUGAGCAAUAAGCCCCCAUUCACAGAUUCUGAUGAUGCAUAUGCCAUGUAUACUGCCAAUCUAAAACAGCUUGUUAACAAGUCGUGUUGUUCUAAUUUUAGGCCCGCAACUAAGUUGGGACCAUAUAAUGGACCAGGGUUGAAAUACAAAGAUUAUCAGUUGAACUGCAAAGAAUAUUUCACCAAAUUGUUGGCCACGUAUGACAAGCCAAUGUACAUCAAAAAUCAAGAUAUUAUCAUCAUAAUAUCCCACGGAUAUGCCAUCAACAACUUUAUGACCUAUUUCACCAACCAUCCAAUUUUUCAAGAGAUACCCGUGGCCAAAAUUAAUUUCGCCCAGAGACUAUUACUGGAUGGGAAAUCUGAAGACGGGACUUACAAGACCGACAACUACAAGUGGAAAUUACUCAAGGACGCCCUUGAAAUUAUGGAGGAACAUCAUGAAUAUGCAUUAAACUUGGAUACAAAUGUGGUUUAUUACAAGACCAAUUUCAUCAGAAAGGAUAAGUUAAAAUGGAACGGAUCGGAACCAGAAUUGGCUGUUAGUAAUCUUCCCCGCCUAGGGUUCAAAAAUGAUGCCAAAUCUUUGGAUUCCGAUAGCUUGUUAACUCCGGCUGCUAAAAAUUGGAUACCUGGGGUUAAGAUAUAUUUGAUCAAGAGGGAAUUCAAGGAGAAGUACAUGAAUGAUGAAUCAUUCAAACGCGAUUAUGAUAUUUCUAAUCCGCCAACUAGGCGAGUAACUCCGGAAGUAUCACCACAAUCAGCACCGUCACGAGUUAACUCGUAUAUUGAUAUUCUGAGAUUAUUAAACAAUGAAAACUUAUCUAAACCAUUGAAGUUAAAGUAUGGAAGCAAUCAAGAUAUUCCCUCGCUGGCGUUGAAUUCCAAAGUCAAUUCUCAGGUCAACCUUAUGGAUUAUUCCGCGAGCGGAUACGCCAGUGGCACGUCUUCAAAUUCAAGUAUAGACAAGAUGUUAUUUUCAUUGCAGCACAAGAGUAGUAAAACUGCAACUAAUGCACCUGAGGAAUACUUCCCACAAGUUAAAUCACCCUUGCAAGCCGCAUUACCAGAUAUACCAAUUGAAGAUAUCCAAGGAAGAAACUCACCCAUUGAAGUAUUAUCCCGAGCAAGAUCGGGAAUUUACAAACAAUCUAUUCUCGCACAACAAUCUUCAAAUUCACUAACAGAAGAAUAUGAUGACGGAUCUGACAAGAGACAUUUCACGUUGGAAUUCUCACCCACGAGAACCCCAAGCACGAAUCAACGUCAUGCCACUCCUUCUUCAAACACAUCAACUCCCCGCCAAACCAGAUCACGUAAAAAUUCAAUCAAGUUUAUCCCCUCGGGUGUUGCAACAACCCUGUCUAUGAAUAGAUCAACUGAACAUAUUUCCAAGGUUAAACCAAUUUUUUAUAAUCUUGCCAGUGACAAUGAUGAUGAUGAUGAAGAAAUGAGUCUUGAUGAAUCUACAAGUAGUAGCACUAAUAAUAACAGCGGACAGUAUUACUGGUUAGGACAAAAUAGAUAAGGUAUAGGUAUUCAUUAUAUAGCAUAUUAUUUGG